GUUUUACGGGUCAUAGGUCACCAAGAUGAUCAUCGCUGUUUGUUUGGCCAUCGCGAUUCCAAUUACAAUUUUGAUAGCAUUAACAACACAACUCUAUCACAUAUGGAACGAAGAAUUUGAAAUACCAGCACCAUGGAGAUUAAUAUUUGCAGGACUGUUUCCAGUUAUAAUGUGUGGAUGGGGACUGAAGCGAAAAAGUCUGAACAAAUCAGGGGCUCUGGCAGGUUUUGUGGUAGGCUUCGUCCUGACGUUGGCUAAUCUAUGUUUCUUUUCAUCACUGAUAGUCUUCUUUGUUGCCGGAUCAAAAGUUACAAGAUUCCGAUCCAACAAGAAAAGAAUCCAGGAGGCAGACUUUAAAGAGGGUGGCCAGAGAAAUUGGAUUCAAGUAAUUUGUAAUGGUGGGGUAGCUACACAAUUAGCCGUCUUAUAUAUAUUAGAAACUGGCUGUAAGGAGAUAACUAUAAAUUUCAGCACAAAUUAUAGUUCUUCCUGGCUAGCUAUAGCAGUGCUUUCCUCCCUUGCUUGUAGUUGUGGUGAUACAUUUGCUUCAGAGAUUGGUUCUGUAAUAGGCACUGGUGAUCCAUGGCUGAUAAUGUCGUUUAGAAAAGUUCCCAGAGGAACUAAUGGAGGUGUAAGUAUAGUUGGUACAAUAAGUAGUCUGAUUGGUGGAUUACUAGUGGGUGUGGCCUAUUAUAUUAUGUUAGUUUUACGCUGCACUGAUUUAAUGUUAUUGGACAGUCCUGCACAAUGGCCGAUCAUUAUCAUAGGUGUAAUAGGUGGAGGAUUAGGAUCAAUCAUUGACUCAAUUUUAGGAUCAACAUUUCAAUAUUCAGGUUUUAAUAAAAAUCUAAAGAGAGUAGUAGAGCACCAGGGUAAAGAUGUAGAACAUAUCACUGGUUGGUCAUUAUUAGAUAAUCAUAGUGUUAAUUUAAUAUCAUCUUUAUUAACUGGCUUAAUAUCACCCUAUAUAGCUUUAUAUAUCUGGCAAAAUUAUAUAUCAUAGCAUAAAUAGUUUACACUUAAUUUUUAUACGCCCACAUUGAAAUGUGGUCGUAUAUUGUCGUCGCCCCCGUCCGUCCGUCGGUCCGGCGUCCACUAUUGCUUGUGGACGCUCUAGAGGCUAAAGUUAAUAUCCGAUUGACAUUAAAUUUAUACACAGUGUUUAAGGCCAUGAAACGAAGAAGCCUAUUGAUUUUCAGCGAUUUCCGAUAAUUGCUGCCAGAGUUAUGGCCCUUGAUCACUUCCAAAAAUCUUGUGGACGCUCUAGAGGCUAAAGUUAAUAUCCGAUUGACUUUAAAUUUAUACACAGUGUUUAAGGUCAUGAGACGAAGAAGCCUAUUGAUUUCCAGCGAUUUUCCGAUAAUUACUGCCAGAGUUAUGGCCCUUGAUCACUUCAAAAAAUCUUGUGGACGCUCUAAAGGCCAAAGUUAAUAUCCGAUUGACUUUAAAUUUAUACACAGUGUUUAAGGUCAUGAGACGGAAAAGCCUAUUGAUUUUCAGCGAUUUCCGAUAAUUACUGCCAGAGUUAUGGCCCUUGAUCACUUCAAAAAAUCUUGUGGAUGCUCUAUAGGCCAAAGUUAAUAUCCGAUUGAUUUGAAAUUUAUACACAGUGUUUAAGGUCAUGAGACGAAGAAGCCUAUUGAUUUUCAGCCAUUUCCGAUAAUUACUGCCAGAGUUAUGGCCCUUGAUCACUUUAAAAAAUCUUGCGGACGCUCUACAGGUCAAAGUUAAUAUCCGAUUGACCUUAAAUUUAUACACAGUGUUUAAGGUCAUGAGACGAUGAAGCCUAUUGAUUUUCAGUGAUUUCAGAUAAUUACUGCCAGAGUUAUGGCCCUUGAUCACUUUGAAAAUCUUGUGGACGCUCUAGAGGCUAAAGUUAAUAUCCGAUUGACUUUAAAUUUAUACACAGUGUUUAAGGUCAUGAGACAAAGACGUCUAUUCAUUUUCAGCGAUUUUCGAUAAUUACUGCCAGAGUUAUGGCCCUUGAUCACUUCAAAAAAUCUUGUGGACGCUCUAAAGGCCAAAGUUAAUAUCCGAUUGACUUUAAAUUUAUACACAGUGUUUAAGGUCAUGAGACGAAGAAGCCUAUUGGUUUUCAGCGAUUUCCGAUAAUUACUGCCAGAGUUGACUUCAGAUCGAUAGACAGACUUUAAGAGCUUGAGACGAACAAGUAUAUUGAUUUUCAAUGAAUUUUUAUGACUUGAACAGCUAAAUCCAUGAUAUUAAAAGUUUUGUAUACUAAACGUUAGCAUUGGGCAGAACUUUAUAAAAACCAAACAAAUUCUAAUGGUUUUCUGAUAAUUACUUCAUGAGUUGUUACUCUUAAUCAGAUUUUAGUGUAUUAUAAAUGUUUCAUUACCGAAAGAAGUAAAAAUAUGCGACAACACUUGUUGACUGCCCGGACGAUUUAGCUGCUGUGGGCGUAUGUUUCGUUGCCUGGCAACCUAUCUUUACUGGGAUGCAAACCUUUAGUACUAUUAAAAAAUUAUUUCGUUGUAUAGCUACAUUAUAUAUCGUAAAUAAUUAUGUAUGGCAAUCAUGUUGUAUAUUAGAUAAUUAUGUAAAUAAAGUGUAUUAUUUAAAGGGAUUAUCCCGAUUAUUACAGAGUCUCAAAAAUUAAAGUCCGAGUACGUAUGAAAUUUACGCACCAAAAUAUAUAGGAAUAGUGUAUUGACCUUGUCUCAAAUUUCAGCUCAAAAUAUUGAGUCGUUUGGACGUGAACGUCAAAACUGCUUAACCGGGCAUGUAACCCUUUUAAAAUUUCGGGUCAAUUUUUCGUUGGGUGACCUGAUAAUCGAUUCCCGUUUCUUGAGAGGUCUAUACAGUUUGAGACACCGGACUCCAGUUCCAGAUGAAGACUGACGGAUUGAAGUUGUUUGCAAACGUAUCACAAAUAUUGAGUUACUUGCUCGGCCCGUAGGUAGAGGGUUUUAAGGCAUUUUAACACAAAAUUAAGCAGUUUUAUUCUCCAAAAAAUUAUCGGGAUUGGCCCUUUAAAACAAAAAACAAAAUGUUUUAUCAAUCAGUAGAAAUGAUAACUGCUUAAACAUUAAUUGACCAUGAGUAAUUUAACAGACAAAGUUAUAUUUACUUUAAGCUAGUGGUUACUAUAAUAUGCACUUUACAACAAUUCCACACCAAAUCUGA